CAAAGUCUAAAAUCGAUCAGCAGGCGCAGACAGUUUCCUACGAUGGCGGCAACAUCUACAACUGCGAAUGCCCCUUCAGCGCUGACAUUUCCCCGUGAGAUCUUCGCCGCGCUCCAGCCCCGCCAAUACCUCCUCGCGCACCUCUCGCCGGCGUCAAAGUCACAAACCUCAGUCCGACCGAACGGCCGCAAACCCACAGAGUUUCGCAAGCUGAGUGUCAACACAGAUUCCCUCACUCAUUGCAAUGGGAGUGCUGUAGUGCGUAUGGGAAAUACUGCUGUAGUGUGUGGAGUGCGCGGCGAAAUCCUCUUGGCUCGCGAUGUGCCCAACCCGCCGACCAUCUCUACCAACGACGAAGACAACGAUAGAGACGAACUCGCACGUCUCGGCCUAUUGGUUCCAAAUGUAGAACUUUCCACGGGGAGCAAUCCCUCCCAUAUACCCGGCCAAGCGCCAUCUGGCCUGGCCCAGUCGCUGGCAUCUCGACUUCUCCAGUUACUGUCCACAACCGGUUUGGUAGCUUCAAAGGACCUGAGAAUCUGGUAUCAGCCCAUAAUUGAACAAGAACCGGAGGUAGGGUCUGAGCCGGAAAUAAUAGCGUAUUGGACCUUGUACUUGGACAUACUGUACAUCAGCCUAGAUGGUGCGGCGCUGGACGCGGCGUGGCUGGCGAUGCUCGCUGCGCUGCGCUCUGUCAAGCUCCCCAAAGCGUGGUGGGAUCCCGACAUGGAAGCCAUCAUAUGCUCUGAUUCAAUUGCUGAUGCGAAAGCGCUGAGUCUACGUGGUCUACCGAUUCCUGCAGGCUUUGCAGUCUUUGACGAGACACCGGAAGGCGUUGAAGACACCACGCAAGAGAAAGGCUGGAUACUGGCAGACCCGGAUCAAUUUGAAGAAGAGCACUGUCGAGAGCAUAUCUCAGUCGUCGUAGAUAUGUCCGGUGAUGCAGCCAAUUCGAUACGAGCCAUUGAUAAGCGCGGAGGCAGUUUUGUUGACGUGGAGAAGAUGAGGACAAUCGUGGAUCUUACACAACAGCGAUGGAAAGAGUGUAAGGAUGUAUUAGAUGCACAGUCUACCUGAAUGCACGACGCGCACGGGUGUCAUACAAACCAGAUCCAGACUGUAGUGGUAAGCAACGCCUGGCCCCAGCUACAUUCUCCCACCGACGCGUCUCGCACUUCCGGGCAAACAACUAGGAGAGUUCUCCAGGCGUACACUACUGCGCCGAGGAGGGCAGGACAAGCAACGUAAGCUGCAUCACCGUGGGUCAGAAUAUCACAUAUAAGUGAUAGCGGAAUCUCGUUAUACAUGUAGAAGUCCGCCUUACAAAGUCCCCAAAUACCAUCUACAAGAAGAGUGGUGGAUGAUUAUCAUAGCAGAUGCGAACAAAAACAAGACCUCCUUGCCAGAUCUCACGUUCCACGC